GAAAUGCGCGCAGGGCCCGCCCUGCUCGGUAAGUGGCCCGGGACCCGCGUCGCUGAGCCGGAACUUGAAUUCGGCUCGUGGCAACCGCAGGGCCUUGCUCCGGUCAGGCCCCUGUCCGUGUCCCUCGAGACGCCUUCCUGAGCCUCGGUGAUCUCCCUGCAGCACGCCCUCCUUUCGGCUCUGCGGGUGCUUCCGGGGGUUCCCGCAGCCCAUGCUUCCCACGCGGUCCGCGUCCAGUUAUUUCCUCCUCCGCUCCGUCCUUCCUUCGCUCUCUCGCUUCCUUUCUCCCUGCGACUCACGUGUCCCCUGUCCUCAAACUGGCCAUGGCUGUCAAAGCCCACAUCCUUAGUUAGGCCCCUUCUCCCUUCCCUGGGUCUUGUUUCGUGACACCACCUCCCUCCCCCGCCCCGGGAGCGAGCAAGAUGAGGAGCGGUGCACCUCGGCAAAUCCGGAAGCAGAACUUCAUCCAAGAAGGAGGGGACCGAUAGGUCAUCCCAUGUGACAGUUGAAGGCUGCAGCCACAGACCCUAGCUGCUUGAAGCCCUGUAGUCCAGGGACUGCUUCUGGCCGUAAGGUGACCCAGCUCUUCUGCCACCAUGAACAGGGCGCCUCUGAAGCGGUCCAGGAUCCUGCGCAUGGCGCUGACUGGAGUCUCUGCUGUCUCCGAGGAGUCAGAGAGCGGGAACAAGCCAUUUCUGCUCCGGGCUCUGCAGAUCGCGCUGGUGGUCUCUCUCUACUGGGUCACCUCCAUUUCCAUGGUAUUCCUCAACAAGUACCUGCUGGACAGCCCCUCCCUGCAGCUGGAUACCCCCAUUUUUGUCACCUUCUACCAAUGCCUGGUGACCUCACUGCUGUGCAAGGGCCUCAGCACUCUGGCCACCUGCUGCCCCGGCAUGGUAGACUUCCCCACCCUAAACCUGGACCUCAAGGUGGCCCGAAGUGUGCUGCCGCUGUCAGUGGUCUUUAUCGGCAUGAUAACCUUCAAUAACCUCUGCCUCAAGUACGUAGGGGUGCCCUUCUACAACGUGGGACGCUCGCUCACCACCGUGUUCAACGUUCUUCUCUCCUACCUGCUGCUCAAACAGACCACUUCCUUCUAUGCCCUGCUCACCUGCGGCGUCAUCAUUGGUGGUUUCUGGCUGGGUAUAGACCAAGAAGGAGCUGAGGGAACCUUGUCCCUGACGGGCACCAUCUUCGGGGUGCUGGCCAGCCUCUGCGUCUCCCUCAAUGCCAUCUAUACCAAGAAGGUGCUCCCUGCAGUAGACCACAGUAUCUGGCGCCUAACCUUCUAUAACAAUGUCAAUGCCUGCGUGCUCUUCUUGCCCCUGAUGAUAGUGCUGGGCGAGCUCCGUGCCCUCCUGGCCUUCACUCAUCUGAGCAGUGCCCACUUCUGGCUCAUGAUGACGCUGGGUGGCCUGUUUGGCUUUGCCAUCGGCUAUGUGACAGGACUGCAGAUCAAAUUCACCAGUCCCCUGACCCAUAACGUGUCAGGCACGGCCAAGGCCUGUGCACAGACAGUGCUGGCCGUGCUCUACUACGAAGAGAUUAAGAGCUUCCUGUGGUGGACAAGCAACCUGAUGGUGCUGGGUGGCUCCUCCGCCUACACCUGGGUCAGGGGCUGGGAGAUGCAGAAGACCCAGGAGGACCCCAGCUCCAAAGAUGGUGAGAAGAGUGCUAUCAGGGUGUGAGCUCCUUCAGGGAGCCAGGGCUGAGCUCGGGUGGGGCCUGCCCAGCACGGAAGGCUUCCCAUAGAGCCUACUGGGUAUGGCCCUGAGCAAUAAUGUUUACAUCCUUCUCAGAAGACCAUCUAAGAAGAGCCAGGUUCUUUCCUGAUAAUGUCAGAAAGCUGCCAAAUCUCCUGCCUGCCCCAUCUUCUAGUCUUGGGAAAGCCCUACCAGGAGUGGCACCCUUCCUGCCUCCUCCUGGGGCCUGUCUACCUCCAUAUGGUCUCUGGGGUUGGGGCCAGCUGCACUCUUUGGGCACUGGACUGAUGAAGUGAUGUCUUACUUUCUACACAAGGGAGAUGGGUUGUGACCCUACUAUAGCUAGUUGAAGGGAGCUGUGUAACCCCACAUCUCUGGGGCCCUGGGCAGGUAGCAUAAUAGCUAGGUGCUAUUAACAUCAAUAACACUUCAGACUACCUUUGGAGGCAGUUGGGAGCUGAGCCGAGAGAGAGAGAUGGCCAUUCUGCCCUCUUCUGUGUGGAUGGGUAUGACAGACCAACUGUCCAUGGGGUGACUGACACCUCCACACUUCAUAUUUUCAACUUUAGAAAAGGGGGAGCCACACGUUUUACAGAUUAAGUGGAGUGAUGAAUGCCUCUACAGCCCCUAACCCCACUUUCCCUGCCUGGCUUCUCUUGGCCCAGAAGGGCCACCAUCCUGUUCUCCAACACCUGACCCAGCUAUCUGGCUAUACUCUCUUUCUGUACUCCCUUCCCCUUCCCCCCCCCAUUAGCCUCCUCCCCAACACCUCCAUCUUCAGGCAGGAAGUGGGGUCCACUCAGCCUCUGUUCCCAUCUGCUUGGACCCCUGAGCCUCUCAUGAAGGUAGGCUUAUGUUCUCUGAGGCUGGGGCCGGAGGAGCGCACUGAUUCUCGGAGUUAUCCCAUCAGGCUCCUGUCACAAAAUAGCCUAGGCCGUGUGUCUAAGAACAGUGGAGGUUGGCUUAUAACUGUUCUGGGGGCAGCGAAGCCCACAUCAAGGUACUCAUAGACCCAGUAUUUCUGAGGAAACCCCUGUCCACAUCCUCACUUGGUAAAGGCACAGAUAAUCUCCCUCAGGCCUCUUGUAUAGGAGCACUAGCCCUGGGAGGGCUCCGCCCCAUGACCUGAUCACCCCAAAGCCUUCAACAGAAGGAUUCCAACAUGAAUUUGGGGACAGAAGCACUCAGACCACGAUGCCCAGCACCACACCCUCCUAUCCUCAGGGUAGCUGUCACUGUCCUAGUCCCUUCUGUUUGGCCUUUUGUACCCUCAUUUCCUUGGCGUCAUGUUUGAUGUCUUUGUCUCUUUCGUGAGAAGAUGGGGAAACCAUGUCAGCCUCUGCUUCCGACUUCCCAUGGGUUCUAAUGAAGUUGGUGGGGCCUGAUGCCCUGAGUUGUAUGUGAUUUAAUAAAAAAAAAAUUUUUUUAAAAACAAA